UUUACCAUACAUUGUAUUGUGGAUUCAAAAUAUCGAGUAUUCGAAUACUCGCCACCCAUGUGUGUAUCUGUGGCCUAAUGUAGAACUCGAAAUGCCUGAGACAGGUCACGAUAUUUAGAAAUUGCUGUCCUUGCCAUCCUGAAAUUGAUACUGACAGCCGCUGUUCGAGAUGCAGUCAAGGUAAAAAAACCAGCUUCGGCACGUGUUCUCGAAUCCCCCUUCUUAUCGUUCUUCAAUAACGGCGAAUUCUUGGCGAAUGUUGGAUCGCCGGUAGGACCUUACGGCCAAGCGUUUGUUCGAAGUGACAGUCAGACCGCGAACAACGCCAGCGACGCGUCGCACGCUGACCGACAUACGUACGCCGAAGAGCACGUCCGCGAAUCAAGAACGCGAACGAUCUUCGUUCGUUUUUUUUUAAUCUAGACUUCGCGCGUGUGGAUUUUCGAAUUUUCGCGGUCGCCCGACUUGGAUUGCUUCCAGGAAGCCUCAUGAUGGUGACACCAAGGGGAAGCAUAUCCCCGACAAUAUGGACUACAGUGACGUUAACAGUGUUUCAUCUAAGCUCGUGUAUCCAGUUCCAACAACUGGAUCUUCCCGGAAACGGCAACGGUGAAUGUGCGCUGGUUAUACACGGUCCUGGAAGGAGCAGCCAUUUUGAUUAUACGCUGAAUUUGCUUAGAGGAGGGGGAAAUACAGAAUUCAAUGGGCAUCAAACGUGUAUAACAUACGAUGCUGUCAACGCUGCAUAUCUAGACGCUAGGAAACGGAUGCGUGUUUCUCAGCCUCAUGGAGAUUGGUCUCCACACGAUGUUGGGUCCGUUGGUGAAUUGCUAUUGGAUAUCUCAAUGAAUCUGGCCAGAACAUACGGUUUGAACUACGAGGAUAUAGAAAAAGGUCUGCCUCUGAUAGAUACAAGUAAAACGUUGAUACGUGAAGUGUGUCCGCCAUUUUUGGCGAACGUAGAAUGUGUAGCUGGAAAAUACAGAAGAUUCGAUGGACUCUGUACGAAUUUGGACCAUCCCACAUGGGGAGCGACAAACACGCCGUUCACAAGAUUGAUGGGUCCUCUGUAUUCAGACGGAAUGCACCAGCCAAGGAUAGCAAGCUCAGGAAGGAACCUGCCACCAUCUAGAGUCGUAUCCAGGACGAUGCAUCCUGACGAAGGUUUCCAUGAUCAUGCUGGAACAAUCAUGAUCAUCGCAUGGGGACAGUUCAUUGAUCACGACUUUACCCUUCAAGCGACUCCGCUAGAUCCUUUCAGCAAAAACGACCCGGAAGAAUGCUGCGGCAGACCGCCACACCUGAAACACCCUUACUGUAACGAAAUCGUCAUCCCCGAAGACGACUAUUUCUACCGAUUGUGGGGCGUGAAGUGCAUCGACUUCGUGAGGACAUUCCCGUCUGCCAGACCAGGUUGCAGACUGGGGUCCAAGGUGCCUUUCAAUACCCUCACCGGCGUUUUGGACGGUAAUACCGUGUAUGGAGUUAAAGAAAGCUUUGCCAGAAAGCUUCGUUCAGGUGUUGGUGGACUGUUAAGGAUGAACCCAGCUUUUGAGCAGUAUGGACUGAAAGACCUGUUGCCAUUGAAGCUGGACUAUCCAGAUGAAGGAUGUACGAGACCAAAUUCCACAAUGUACUGUUUUGAAGCAGGUGAAAUAAGAGUGAACGAGCAGCUGAUCCUGACGGUGAUGCACACUUUGAUGGCCAGAGAGCACAACAGAUUAGCCAGAGGUCUUGCUGAGGUCAACCCGCAUUGGGACGAUGAGACUCUUUUCCAAGAGGCGAGACGUAUCAAUAUCGCUAUCGUUCAGCACAUCACGUACAACGAGUUCCUGCCCAUUCUUCUCGGGAAGGACGUUAUGGAGAAGUUUGGGUUGCUGUUGCAAAAAGAUGGUUAUUGGAACGGCUACGAUUCCAGCGUGAAUCCAAGCGUAAUCGAUGCUUUUGCAGCCGCAGCUUACAGAUUCGGACAUUCGCUUCUACCUACAGCUGUGGAAAGAUGGAGUAAAGCACAUAAAUUCAUUGCUUCAAAACGCUUGUCGGACCUCAUCCGGCGCCCGUACGAUUUGUAUCGAGCGGGCAUCUUGGACGAAUACGUCAUGGGCCUAAUGAAUCAAGUAGCCCAAGCGAUGGACGACUCGAUCACCCAAGAAGUAACCAACCAUCUGUUCAAAAAACCUGGCGCCAGGUUCGGCAUGGAUCUGGUCAGCUUCAACAUGCAGCGAGGCAGGGAGUUCGGACUGCCCGGGUAUAUGGAGUUCAGGAAGUUUUGCGGCCUGCCGUGGACGGAUAACUUCGAAGGGUUGUUCGGCGCUAUGCCUAACGAGACCGUGAGGAAGUACAGCAGCAUUUUCGAGCAUCCAGGUGAUGUGGAUCUAUGGUCUGGAGGUGUUUCUGAGAGACCUCUUCCAGGAAGUAUGCUUGGACCCACUUUCGCCUGCAUCAUAGCAACGCAGUUCAGUUACUCCAGAAGAGGAGACAGAUUCUGGUACGAAUUGCCAAAUCAACCGUCUUCUUUCACACCAGCUCAACUGCAAGAAAUCAGGAAAGCACGAAUGGCCAGAAUAAUCUGUGAUAACACGGAUUUGAUAGACACGAUCCAGCUGUAUCCUAUGGUCUUACCUGAUCAUGAAAUAAACCCCAGAGUUCCGUGUCGGUCAGGAAUCAUCCCAAGCAUAGACCUCACGAAAUGGGCGGAACGACCUCACGAGCAAUUCAGAUUUCUAGGCAAGAAAUAGACGAAGUUUGAGAGGCACGUGGAUAUGGAUUUUGUUUUUGUGUAUAAAGAAUUGAUGCCAUCAUGAGAGUAACCUCAUUCUCAUUGCUUGAAGCGCUUAAGACUCGAACGUUAUUCAAAUAAAAAUUCGUGUUACUCUUAAAUGAGGUUACUUUCGUCUUAAGGUCGUAUGAAUAUAUUUUGAAAUGUGUUCUUUUUGCAAACUUCAUCCAAAUAGAUUUUGAAUGAGUCUAUUUCUCUCUAUAUAUUGAAAUCCAACAAUAUAUUAUUUCUAAUACGACAUCAGCAGGAGGAUUUAACAAACAUUCAUCACUAGAAAAUCGCGUAUUUCAGUUUGAUCUGCAAAAAAAAAAUCAGAUCGGAGUCACCGUUUAUAAAAAGAACACAACAAUGUCAUUUUUUCAUUUCAAUAAUUUUUUUCCAUGCAUUUCACAUGUUUGUUGUACCGUAUGCAUGUUUGUAAAAAAACGUUUCAAAACCCCAAGUCAUAGAGAAGAAGUUUGGGCACUGAUUCUCGAAAAUAAAUAUCAGUAUUUUGAUUAAUCAGUGAACAACUUUGUCUUACAUAUUUUAUAUGCAUUAUAGAUUAUAGUUAACUGUCUUGUACAUAUAUUGUAUUAAUUUAUUGAAAUACUCAUUUAGCUGUAAGUACUUUGUAUUUUUAUACUUUUUUAGAAAUAUAUCCUUGAUUGAUGA